CAUUGAACCUGUCAGCAUGAGAAGCAGGAGCAACUCGGGAGUUAAACUGGACAACUAUGCCCGGAUGGUGCAACAAACUAUCUUACGGCACCAGGAUCCUGUAACGGGUCUUCUGCCUGGCAGUCCAGAUCAGCCCCACGCCUGGGUCAGAGACAACGUGUACAGCGUGGUGUCUGUGUGGGCCCUCAGUUUGGCCUACAGGAAGAACGCCGACAGGGACGAGGACAAGGCCAAGGCGUACGAGCUGGAGCAGAGUGUGGUGAAGCUGAUGAGAGGCAUCCUGCAGUGCAUAAUGAGGCAGCUGGAUAAGGUGGAGAAGUUCAAAUACAGCAGGAGCACCUCCGACUCGCUCCACGCCAAGUACAACACGCGGACAUGUGCUCCUGUUGUCGGGGACGACGAAUGGGGUCACCUGCAGGUGGACGCCACCUCGCUCUUCCUGCUGUUCCUCGCUCAGAUGACGGCGUCAGGUCUCCACAUCGUCUACACCCAGGAUGAAGUGGACGUAGUUCAGAAUCUCAUGUUCUACAUUGAAGCAGCGUACAAAGUGGCUGAUUACGGGAUGUGGGAGAGAGGAGACAAAACCAACCAGGGCAUCACUGAGAUCAACGCCAGCUCUAUCGGCAUGGCUAAGGCGGCGCUGGAGGCUCUGGAUGAACUCAACCUGUUCGGAGCGAAAGGAGGACCUGGAUCUGUGGUGCACGCCUUAGCUGACGACAUACAGCACUGCCAGUCCAUCCUGACGUCGAUGUUACCCCGGGCGUCGAUCUCUAAAGAGGUGGACGCCGGAGUGCUGGCGAUCAUCUCGUACCCGGCGUUCGCUGUGGAGGACAUGAGCAUCGUCAACCUGACCAAGGAGGAGAUCAUCUCCAAACUGCAGGGUCGAUACGGCUGCUGCAGGUUCCUCAGGGACGGACACAAAACACCUAAAGAGGAUCCGAGCCGUCUGUACUACGAGUCCGCGGAGCUGAAGCUGUUUGAAAACAUCGAGUGCGAGUGGCCGCUGUUCUGGACCUACCUCAUCCUGGACGGCAUCUUCAUCAACAGCCCGGAGCAGGUGCAAGAGUACCAGGAGGCUCUGGAGGGGAUCCUGAUCAAACAGAAAGACGGGAUCCGACUGGUCCCGGAGCUCUACAGCGUCCCUCCAGAGAAGGUGGAGGAGGAGUACGUGAACCCUCACUCCGUGGAGAGGGUCUCGAUGGGUAAAUGUCCUCUGAAGUGGGGACAGUCGCUCUACAUCCUCGGGAACCUUCUGUCAGAGGGAUUCCUCGCCCCCGGAGAGAUCGACCCUCUCAACAGACGCUUCUCGACCAUCGCCAAGCCUGACGUGGUCGUACAGGUCUCCAUUCUUGCGGAGACGGAGGAGAUCAAAGAGCUGCUGAUGAAGAACGGCAUCAAUGUGGAGACUGUCGCUGACAUCCAUCCCAUCCACGUGCAGCCCUCCAGAGUCCUGAGCCACAUCUACGCCCGACUCGGUCGUAACCCUCGCCUUGGUCUGACCGGCCGACCCUACAGGAGGAUCGGCGUCCUGGGAACCUCUAAGUUCUACAUCAUCAGGAACACCAUGUUCUCGUUCACACCUCAGUUCAUCGACCAUCAGCAGUUCUAUUUGGCGCUGGACAACAAAAUGAUCGUGGAGUCGUUGAGGACGGAGAUCGCCUACCUGGCGUCCCGCUGGAGGAUGACCGGGCGACCCACCGUCACGUUUCCCAUUUCGCAGACGAUGCUGACUGAAGACCACACAAACCUGGACCCUGCAGUCUUAGCUACACUGAAGAAGCUACAGGACGGAUAUUACGGAGGAGCGAGGAUCCAGACGGGGAAGCUGUCGGAGUUCAUGACCACUUCCUGUUUCGCUCACCUGAGCUUCCUGGACGGUAAGGCUUCCGGCAGCAUGAGCCGCCGCGACGAAGAGUAUGAUGAUGAUGAUGGUGAUGAGGCUGUCGCCGAUGGAUACGUGCAUGAGUUACGUUGUGAUGAUGAGGCCGACGACCUCGCUCAGUACCUGGACCACCUGUUGGCUCACGCCGCCCCCAAGAAGCCCAAACAGGAAGUGAAAGGUCUGGGGAGGUUCAAGGCGGCGGCCGCCAAGACGAAGGCGAUGGUGUCUCUGAUGAACAAAGCUCAGGGCCUCGACGUUCACGAUGUGAACAUGUACCUGCCAAACAAGCUGUUCCGCACACGACAACCCUCCCUCAACCUGAACCUCCCCGACCCGGUGCCAGGGCAGGAGUCUCAAGGUCCUCAGGUGCUGCUCGCAGCAUUGAGCGAGAUCCCCCGAGACGCCAGCGGAGCCAUCGACCACCACGCUUUGGCCCAGAUGCUCAAAGACACUCAGAAUCUCCAGGACCAGGCCGACAUCCUCUACAUCCUCUUCAAAGACAAAGGCAUGGAGUGGGAUACUCAUCUGCACGGUAAAGGCUCCACUGUCCGAUCUCUGCUCUCUGACCUUUACGAGAAGGCCGGGGAACUGAAACACUGGAGCCUCAUCAGGAUGAUCUCCGGCAUGCUGAGGAAGAAGGUGGAGGAGCUGGACUCGGCCUGCUCUGAUCUUCUGGCUCAUCAGAAACACUUGACGGUCGGUUUACCUCCCGAGCCCCGAGAGAAAACCAUCACAGCCCCGAUCCCCCCGGACCUGCUGGCCAACCUCAUCGAAGAGGCUAGCGACAACAACAUCAGCGUUGCCAUCCUCACUCAGGAGAUCAUGGUGUACCUCGCCAUGAGCAUCAGGACUCAGCCGAACCUCUUCAGCGAGAUGUUCAGACUGCGGAUCGGUCUGAUCAUCCAGGUGAUGGCCACGGAGCUCGCACAGUCGCUCAACUGCUCAGGAGAGGAGGCCACAGAGAGCCUGAUGGGUCUGAGUCCGUCAGAACUGAAGAAUCUCCUCCAUCACAUCCUCAGCGGCAAAGAGUUCGGAGUGCAGCGCAGCGUCAGAGAGUUGGAAGCCGGCGUCAGUCCUGCCAUCUCCAUCCAUCAGCUCGGGAACACGGGCGCCACGAAGAGCGAGAGAGCCGGCAUCAGCAAACUGAAGAGCGACAUGAAGAUGGGCUCGCGCUCCUACUCUCUGGACAUAGACAACGUUGAGUCCGGGAGGUACAGACUGCCCUCCAUAGAAUCUUUGGACAUUCCGGAAUGCAUCCCGGCCGCCAAGGAUACCCGGCACGGCCAAUGGCUGCGCAGGAGGCGUCUGGACGGAGCGUUGAACCGGGUCCCCGUGGGCUUCUACCAGAAAGUGUGGAAGAUCCUGCAGAAGUGCCAUGGUCUGUCCAUAGAAGGGUUCGUCCUUCCAUCUUCAACCACAAGAGAGAUGACGCCAGGUGAGAUCAAAUUCUCGGUCCACGUGGAGACGGUUCUGAACCGCGUCCCUCAGCCGGAGUACCGGCAGCUGCUGGUGGAGGCCAUCCUGGUGCUCACCAUGCUGGCCGACGUGGAGAUCCCGAGCAUCGGCUCCAUCAUCCACGUGGAGAAGAUCGUCCACAUCGCCAACGACAUGUUCUGCAAAGACCAGACGGACCUUGGAGCAGAGGAGCACAUCCUGGAGAGGGAUCCGUCCACUGGAGUGUGCAGGCUUCUGUACGACAGCGCCCCCAGUGGACGCUUCGGGAGCAUGACGUACCUCACCAAGGCGGUUGCGGUGUAUGUUCAGGACUUUCUGCCCAGCGGCUCGUGUGCCGUGCAGUGAGAGGGGAGAGCAGGGGAGGGGAUUGAAACCACAACAUUUGUUACAUUAUAAUAACCAUGAAUUAGAGGAAUGUGAUGAAACAUUUUGUUAAACUGCAGCUACAGUCGGUCACACGUCUGGACAAUUUUUUGCUUGUUUUAAAACACAUUUGAAGCAAAAUUCAGACUUAAAUUUAAACUGUUACUUAUAUUACAGCUGAGGCACAUGCCCCUGAGAUUAAAAAGUGAAGAUCAUUUAUGUCCAGCACUGAGUUUGUUUUGGUUAUUUUCUGACUGAAAAAUCAACAGAACUAUCCUUGAAGUUAAAAGAACUUGUAGAUCUCUGAGGCAUUAUUAGACUUCGUUGUUUAAUGGGAAAAGAGUCGAAUGUAUAAAUGAGAUGCCUGGAACAUUAACGUGAUUUGACUGUGACAUUUGGUAGCUGAGUAAACAAGGAUGUGCCUGAACUGCCCGACUGAAGUCACAGUUUUCAUGACUUUCUUACAACUUUCUUUUUGAGUCUGUGACAUUUUUGAAAAAACUUGAAAACGGACUAUUUUUAGCAUGUGUGUAACUUCUGAAUAACGACUGUAAUUGAGCCUAAUUUAUUACCACGUUUGUUUUGUAACGUAGCUCAGCAGCUUAAACCCACUUUACCUCUAAUCCUAUAUGCUGUACGAUGUAUAAAAUAAUGGCGGUUUAAAAAAAUCUACUAUUUAUUUGAAAACUUCUUAAUACUUUCACAAAGUCAGGAAAGAGGUCAGUUGUUUGUUUGUGUUGUAGUACCUGAAAUCAGUCUCGAGACCACUUUUUGAAGGUCUUGGAAUCGAAAGCAUUUUUACUCGGUCUCGGACUUGGUGGACUCUGGAUUUUAAAUCAGGACCACCAGUAUUUUUCAGUGAUAUUUAUGGGCUUGUCUCGGUCUCACCCUGCCCUGGUCUUGGUCUUGACUAGGUCCUGAUCCAUAAAUGUCUUGAUCUUGUCUCGGUCUCGGAGCACUCUGGUCUGUCUUAGUCUCAGUUGUGUGGUCUUGACAACAACACUAGUGUCUGUAUCAGAAUGCACAUCGUCCUUGAACGCCUUAAUUCUGCGUGUCUUAACGUUUGUGAACGUGUGUGAGUGUUGUUUGGUUUGUAACUAUGCAAAAACAGCAGAAUGUGUAGAAAUCAAACCACCUUGUUUUGAACUCAAUGUUUAUUCAUGAAUAAAGGAAUGCAUUUUCAAUAUGCUUUGUACUUAAUCUCUGAAUGCUGUGACUUUUUUUAGUCGGCUUUGUAAGUGCAAUUUGAAUUCCUUCAACUUAAUUUACUUCUGCUAAAAUUAAAUUUGAGAUAUUGUAGUGUAAUUGAAACUUAUGGUCAUGUACUCAUAUCUGUUAUUUUACACUUCCUCUGUAACCGCUAAAAGUUUUAAAAAUUCUGAUUCUGGAAAAAUAAAAAGUUUCAGGACAUAAAUAAAGUCAACAUGAACAUAAGAUACGGUGUCAAACUUGUGUCGCCUUUACAAUAACUUUCUGACAUUCUGUGAUAUUUGACAAUUUGAGCGAAACACACAUAAUUACAGUCACUUUUACAUCAUUUAAAAAAAUUACAAACUUCUGAACUACUGUGAGAUUUUGUGUCUAAAUCUUUAAUAAAAGCAAGAAAACAUG